AUGCCGAUGGGUGCUAACGCCUCCGGUGGGCCGUCCUUCCAGAACGGUGCGAACAGAACCGGAAACGGCACCACGCACAAGAACGGCAUGCCGAUCAACGGGAUACAAAAUAGCAGCAUGAUGGAGGGGCGCAAUGAGGUGACCGUGAAGUCUGCUGGCAACAGCGUUACGCAGCGCGUCGCGAACCUGCCGACUCUUCCGGCCACUAGCGCAUCCAUGCAGGGUCUGCAGAGCGAGUUUUACUCAAUGCCGCCGCCACCCAUGAUGCACGCCGGCUUUCAGAACGGCACGAUGAUGCUAGCGUACAGCGGCGGCAAUAGGCAGCUGAGUGCCAACGGCGUGAGGGGCACCUACCGCGAGUUGAACGAGAUGGUGAAUGGCGACAAGGUGUCGACCGUGCAGGCAGACGACGGCAAAAUGCGCGACGCGGAUUCUGUGACGCCGAGCCUGUCACCAAACAACAAUGCCCAGAAUGGGUGCAACGUGAACACUCCACUACUAGCGCAAGCCGACGAGUACACUGGACUCACGCCAACGCCGCCGUCGCUGCGCUUCUUGACGAGCUACGAGGAGGAAGAGGUGAAGGACUAUCUGCCGAGCGUCUACUUUAGUGGGACGGAGCAGUGCAAGAAGAUUCACGGUGUCCGUGGCACCGAGAAGAACGACGGCUACGACGACGGCAACUUCCACUACCGCGUCGUCGUUGGCGACCACUUGCUGUAUCGAUACGAAGUGGUGAAAGUACUCGGCCAAGGCACCUUCGGUGUCGUUGUGCGCGCGCUCGACCACAAGCACCACCGCCUCGUAGCUGUGAAAGUCAUCAAGAACAAGCCGAACUACACAAAACAGGCCCGCGAAGAAAUCAAGACACUAGAGCUGCUGAACAGGGACGACCCCGAUGAUGAGGCGAACAUUGUUCGCCUACUCGGCUCCCACAUCUUCCGCAGGCACUAUAUUUUAGUGUUCGAGUUGCUCCCCUCUGACCUCUACGCAAUCAUUCAGACGAACAAAUUCCGCCACAUGUCGCACGACUUCAUCUACGAGUUGUCAGAGCAGCUGCUCACCGCCCUUGUGCACGUGCGAGACCACAAUAUCGUGCACUGCGACUUGAAGCCAGAGAACAUUAUGAUCUCUCCCCGCGGCGGCCACUCCAACUCGCUGAGCGUGUCGUCCGACUUUUCGCUGAAGCUGAUUGACUUUGGCUCCGCUUGUGAGGAAAGUCGGCCCCUCUUCACCUACAUCCAGUCGCGCUACUACCGCGCGCCGGAGAUCGUGCUUGGCAUUCCGUACACGACAGCCAUUGACAUGUGGAGCUUUGGCUGCGUGCUGUGCGAGCUCGCGAACGGCUAUCCGAUAUUCCCGGCAAGCUCCGAGGGGGAGCUGCUGGAGCGCAUUGUGGAGUACUUUGGCACGAUUCCGUCGUACCUGGUGCGACAGGGCCGCCGCGCCGAUCGGUUCUUUGAAGACGGGCAGAUGAAGUACAACCUAGGCAAGAAGCGCGUCCCGCAUUCACCACAUAGCCGAGCGCUGAGGAACUUCUUGAAGAUUGGGCGGAGCCACGAGGAGCAGCUCUUCGAGGACUUCGUUUCAAAAUGCAUGCACCUUGACGCGCGGCAGCGACUCACGCCAGAGGCGGCGCUCGAGCACCCGUGGAUGGAGUUCUGGCGAGGCACCAGUAGCAGUGGGGACACGGCGUCGCUUUCUGACUCUUGCUCCCUGUCUCGCUAA